CCCAGCAGGACGAGGCUCCAGGCGCAGCUGCCUCUGGUUUUUGUCUCCUCUCACGACUCCGAGGUUUGUCCUGCAGGUACCUCCGGAGCUCAGCCAUGUCCUCCAGCAGCCACAGCCACGCCGGGAGCCGGCAGUUCCCCGGGAAUUGCACCUUGGAGAAGGCCCUGCAGACCGUGGUGGACGUUUUCCACCAGUACAGCAUCCGCCAGGGCGAGAUCGACCUGCUCAGCCUCGGCGACUUCAGGACGCUGCUGACGGAGCAGGCGCCGUCCUUCCUGGGGAGCUGCAACAGGAACCAGGCUGGAUACCUGGAGAAGCUUUUCCAAGAGACCGACCUGAACAAGGACAAGGAGCUGAGCUUCGAGGAGUUCACCAUCGUGCUGAGCAAGGUGGCCGACGACGCCCACCGCAUCAGCCACGGCUCCGAGCGCUGCGGGCCCGACCAGGACUGAGCCUGGGCACGGAAACCUGGCAGAGGGAAGCUUUGGGAAUUUGGGAAUUGGGCUCUGGCUGCUCCCAGCCUGCUCGGGACAGCCCCGCUCACGGCACAAUAAAGCAUGGCUUGAGAUUC